CAUCAAAAUCCAUUCUUUCUCGGCUUCUUGAUCGAUCAUAUGGAUCACGAGAUUGAUGUCCCUCCCUUCUUUAUCUGCCCCGUUUCAUUGGAAAUCAUGAAGGAUCCGGUGACCGUGUCCACCGGUAUUACCUACGACCGCGAGAGUAUUGAGAAAUGGCUGUUCUCAGGGAAGAGCAUGACCUGCCCAGUCACCAAACAACCCCUAUCGGACGACACCGAUCUCACCCCCAACCAUACCCUUCGCCGAUUGAUUCAGGCCUGGUGUACCAUGAACGCUUCUCACGGCAUCGAAAGGAUCCCCACGCCCAAGCCCCCAGUCACCAAGACCCAGAUUUCCAAGCUCAUCAGAGACGCUUCCCGAUCACCUCACUCCCUGACUCGAUGUCUCCGAGAACUCAAAUCUAUUGCUUCCGACAGCGAAACAAACAGACGCUGCAUGGAAGCUUCGGGUGCUGUUGAGUUCUUAGCAUCCAUUAUAUCCACAGCCUCACCGCAGGUGGAGCCUAACCAAGACGAGGCCCUAAGUAUCCUCCACAGCCUCCACGUCUCGGAAGCUAGCUUAAAAUCUCUCAUAACCUUCAGAAAUGGAGGGCUAAUAGAUUCCUUAACCACAGUCAUGCAGAAAGGAGUCUACGAGUCACGAGCGUAUGCAGUCCUUUUACUGAAUUCAAUGUUCCAAGUCGCUGAUUCUUCACGCUUGUUCAACAUAAGAUAUGAGCUAUUCGUUGAAUUAGUGCAGAUUCUCAAAGAUCAAAUCUCCCAGCAGGCUACAUACGCGACGCUGCAAACACUGAUCCAGCUCUGCCCGUGGGGAAGAAACAGGCACAGAGCAGUAAAAGUAGGGUGUGUUUGGGAACUGAUAGAACUGCUUCUGGAUUGUGAGGAGAGGAAGGUGUGUGAGAUGAUGCUAGUGUUGUUGGAUAUGCUGUGUAGUUGUGCUGAGGGAAGAGCAGAGCUGUUGAGGCACGGGGCAGGGCUAGCCGUCGUGUCGAAGAAGAUUCUGAGGGUUUCGACUAUGGCGAACGAGAGGGCGGUGAGGAUUCUGCUGUCUGUUUCCAAGUCCUCGGCGACUGCCAGUGUUGUGCAGGAAAUGAUACAAGUGGGUGCGAUGGGGAAGCUGUGUUUGGUGAUGCAAAUGGAGAGUGGGAGCAAGACGAAGGAGAAAGCUAGAGAGAUUCUCAAACUCCAUGCUCUCGCAUGCAAGAACUCUGCAUGCAUGCCCAGCAGUUUGGGUUCAUACUUAGCUUGAACGCCGAGCAGAUUUGGCUUUCCGAUCUCUUGAUUUUACUAUUUCAAGUCGCUCUUUUUGGUUUUGUCGUAUUGUUUGUACAGGAACACAAAGUUGUUUGGACAGGAACGUAUUAUGAACAUCCAUUGGCAUCAAGUAUGGCCCAUUAAGGAAAGGUUCGGUGUCAAAUUGGGUUUCUCCGCACAGUUUCUGAUAAUGCGACAAUAAGGGGAGGCUAAUUAGGUGUCAAAUGUGGCACAUAUAUAAAUGGG